UAUUCGAAACGUGAUACAGUUACGAGCGAAAAAGAUUCAUCAUUCUUCUUCACUUGCUCAGUUUAUUGAUGGUUUUUCCAUUAAUAUCAUUUACUGUGUUGCAACUGCGGCUAGCUUCUCACUUAGUGAUCAACAUCGUUGUAGCCCCAUUUUCAUUCAGUAGAUUUGCUGGCUUUAAACGGGAGGACGAAAACUGAGCUUUACCGAGUGACUUCCAAGAGGAUUUCGUAGUUCACUGGGCAUUAAUCUUUAACGCGAACUUCAACCUUAAUUAAAUGGCAGCCUUUCGACAUUAUAAACUGGCGUGUAUUGACGAGAAUCCCAAAUCACCCAAGGAAAUAACGAACUGUACGUUUGAUACCACUGGCAAAAAACUUGCGUGCGCGUUCGGAGAUCAUCGCGUAUUUGUAUUUAGUGCCAACGUGGAAAGUGGUGAUGUGAUAGAAAAAUGGGAAAGAACCAUAUUUCGAGCUCUCUCGUCGUUACUUGUGAACAAAGCAACUAUUCUUCAAGUUGAUUGGAAAGCUGAUGGAACCAAAUUAGUGGCUGGAGAUUACCACAAUCUCUUUUUUAUUUUCUCAAGUAUUGAUGGCCAACUUUUGUCUUUCACUGAGAUAUCCGGUAAGUUAACGAAGGUUCAAUGGAAUCGCAAAGGAUCCAUUCACAUGUUACUGACCUCAUCUGAUGACGGGACUGUCGGGGUAUGGGACUCGUCAAAGCCCACCCCUUUACCUAUACAGACAUUUUCACUUCACACAUGCAGCGUGCGCGAUAUUCAGUGGCUGACGAAAGAGACGUUUGCCUCUUGUUCCAUGGACGGGAGCAUCUAUGUCUGUCGUGUCGGCGUCGAUGAGCCAUUGAAUUCGUUAUUCAAUGAGAAUGCCAUUUUAGCCAUUCGUUACAACAUGAAACUUGAUUCUCUAGCUUUUUUUUCCUACGAAACAAACAUUACGUUAUGGUCGCUGGGGCAAGAUGUCACCCGUGAAUGGAAAGGACAUAGCGCUGGAAUCUACUCUAUCUGCUGGAAGGAAGGCGAACACUCAAGUUUGUUAGCAAGUGGGGCAGACGAUCGAAACGUCCGGAUAUGGAACACAAAUAGCAGUUUAUGCCACAGCCAGGAAGUACUGCGCGAACAUCGCAGCCUUGUCUCAGCAGUUUCUUUUUCCCCAGACGGGCAGUACCUGGCCUCAGCCGAUACAUACGGGGUAGUCAUUGUUUGGUCGACAACGGAUUGGUCUCCACUGGUGAGAUGUCAAUGUGCUGGCAACGUUUUAGAAAUCAAUAGCCUCAAAUGGAAUCCGCAAUCAACCAACUUAGUUGUUGCCAACCACAGUGUUAUGGUAAUGUAUUAUAAUUUCAAUCAAUUGCUUCGAGUUAUUAAUGCAAUAUUGAACAGAUAACCAUUGUUGAAUGUACGAGUCGAGACGGUUCUGCAAGCUAAAAUUUAAAGUGAUCCGUACCGCAAGUAACCAAACGAAGAAAGUGGGCGACACUGCGGCCAAAUUGGGGUUAGAAUAUGGGUAUAAAAACCUGGUUUUAUCAAAUAAAUUACAUUGCAAUUAAUCCUACCUAAGGAAGUAACGAACCUAACUAAGGGACGCAGUAGUAUUUGGUUUUUAAAGUAACCAAAAUUGAAAACAAUUUGCCGUCAAAAAUGAAAUCGCCAUUAGCUGUUCUGAUUGACUUUGCCAUAGAUGUACCGUGGAUAACUGUUUUAAUUCGGCGAAAGGACUUUGUUCCUUCUAAGACACAAACUGCUUAUCCAAAUUGCCGAAGGGCUGAUGUUAUAGUUUGGAAAGAAAAGUGAAGGGUCGUGGCUAGUAGUGGACAAGAAGCCAGUUCCACUUUUUGGGGAAAGUUGUUCUACUUAUGUAGUCUACAAGAAGAGUCGUCAACUACUCAAGAAGUAUCUACGGCCGUACUAAAUCUGCGUCCAAGAUUUUAUUGUUUAGAAGUUAGCAAACAGAAUGACAACGCAACAAGUGAAGAAGGAACCCGCAAAGUUUUGGAAUCGACGGCAAACUCUUUACGUCCUUAUCUUGAGUGUUGCAACAGCCAUAAUCGUUGCUGCAGUCAUCUGCGUCGCAUUAUUUAAAGAAAAGCCGAUUAGUAGGUCAUCCUUGAAAGAAGUGACGGUCGAAAUAGCUGCUCUGUCGCAGCAAAAUCUUCAAGUCCUAUACGACAAACACUUUGAAGUGGAGAUUAAACCGCCAGUGCAGUCAGACGCCGCCAACGAUGUGUUAACUGCAAUAAUCAAAACUACGCACGGGCAACUACAAAAUAUCAGAAACACUCUUGGUGGCAUGCACAAUGUUACGUUUGUAGUAGCUCAAUGAAAAACUUGAAAAUGUACAAUUUCUUUUAACAUUUUUGUCCUAAUGCCCUAGGACAUCUAGAUGGGCACAGAUGGUUUGACCACAUAUGGUUCAAAACCAAUAAAACUUAUUUGCGAUUCGCUA